CUUUUUUGCUUUGCUCUUAACAUGUUGAGAUGCAGACAUUAUGCAUGUGCAGGUUUAUUUUUAGAACGAGUGACCUGGGGAAUGAAGAUGUAUUGCCGUGUUCUAUAGACGCAAUGAUACAAAGGAUGACAGAAAUUGUGGCUUGCGUGCGGACUUGAUGUCUGCGUCUGUGACUGCACGGAGCAGCAGGAGGAGCUGAAUCUGAUUGGAAGGCAAAGAUGUGGGUGGAUUUGCGCUGACGUCCAUACUCGGGAUUAACUUGUUUUCAUGUCGCCAUAUCUAUCACAUUUUGCACCGAUCAACUGCAGAUUGUUGACAACAGUGUAUUCGUUCGCUUUUUUUCAAAUCUAUUAGUGUGUGUGUGUGUGUGUGUGUGUUGUGCAUGAGGCCGUGGAUAGGCUGCCGCGGAGGCGCGCAGGACAAUGUGAGCGCCUGGAUGAGGAGCAGACGUCGCACUGAGGUUACAGUGCUGAUGUCCUGGUACUGAUGGGGGCCGACAGCAGUAAAAACAGGGAGCGGCCCACUGAAGGGCAAGAGGAUGAGCAUUUUUCAUCUGGAUGGCAUGGCUUCCUCUCUGCCAUGGGUUUGUCCAUCCCAGCCACCCUCUGUCGGAUAGCCCCACCUGCUCUGCGUCUAGGCCAGCGUCGAAUGCUCCAAGGCAACUCUCCUGACAUUCCAGAGCACGUCCUGAGGUUGGCAGGUGUCGGCCCAGACAAGCUGAGAGCUGAGUGGAGCUUGCCAGAGUUCAUCACCAUGUUUCUCCCUGAAUUCCCUCACAGAACUGUGCCUAGGCAUGGACAUUUUCAGGUGUUGGGUUAUAUCGCUAAAGGUUCUUUUGGACCCAUUCUAAAAGUGAAGGACAAGGCCAAACAUACAACAUAUGCUGUCAAAGUAAUACCCAAAUCAGAGAUUCUAAGACUUGGAGUCUUGGAGCAAUCAAAAGAAGAAGUUAUAGUCCAGCGUCAGGUUCGCCACCCGUUUGUCCAUGACCUCCAGGACUGCUGGCAGACACAGCGCCACCUCUACAUUAUGUGUGACUACUGCAGCACUGGAGACCUGUACACCUAUUGGCAGAUGAUCGGUCAGUUCACAGAGGACACAGUACGAAUAUUUGCGGCAGAAUUGGGAUGUGCACUCAGCUUUCUGCAUGACUUUGGGAUCAUCCACAGAGAUGUGAAGAUGGAGAAUAUCCUGCUGACAGAUAAUGGACACAUCCGUUUAGCUGACUUUGGUUUGUCUCAUCGCCUGGAAAGAGGAGAAAGGGCCUUUACCAUUUGUGGAACCAUCCAAUAUAUGGCCCCAGAGGUGCUGAGUGGUGGACCCUACAACCAUGCAGCUGAUUGGUGGUCACUGGGAAUUCUGCUUUUCUCAUUGGUAUCUGGGAAGUUCCCCAUGCCUCCAGAGCCAGACCACUGCAGUAUGCUGAGGAAAGUGAGGAGUUUUCCCUAUGAAAUGCCCCUCAGUUUCAGCCCUCCAUUUGCCUUGCUAAUAACUGAGCUUUUGUGCAAGACUCCCUCCCGUCGCCUAAGGACCCUCGAUCGUUUCAAACGUAAAACCUUCUUUCAUGGUGCAACUUUUGACCCCGCCCUGCUGCAGCGCCGGCCUGUGGAGGUGAUUCUGGAGCUGAGAGAGAGACCAGACAGAGCUGCCAAAGCUCGACGAGGCCUCACUUUGUCUCUGCAGCCUUUCAAGGGCUUCGACUAUGACUCACUCCUCAGCCCUCCUGCCACACCGGCCACACAGCUGAAUGCCGACAUACAGUCUCACACAGCUGCUGCACCGCUGCCCGGCCCUGCAUUCCCACUGCAACCUGAUCAGGACAAAAGGUCACACAGAGAAGUGUUUGUGUAAGACUUUGAGUUUACAGGAUGGUUACUAAUGCACUAAAGGUUAAGGCCUGCAUAAAUGCAUUUCUGUACACUUAUUCACCCUUACACAAAGUCAUGGCACAUCUUGGAAAAUGUCUUAUUUAGUUAAAACCAAAAUAGCUGUUACAAUGUAAUUAAAUUAAAAGUUUAGAAGGGGAUGAUUUGAGUAAAAAGCACCAUUCUCCACUGAUAUUGCUGCAUUUUUUGUGGACACUGUUGAAUACUCUUACUUGUUUGCCUUUUUCCAGUGCACACUGUUUUAAACCUACUUACAGUGGGUACGGAAAAGUCUUCAGUCCCCCUUAAAUUUUUC